AUGCCUGAUUUGCAAGUGUGUAAAGUGUGUUUCAGUUCCCAGCCCGGUUUUCUAGCUUCGCAGAAAGUGUAGUCGAGGAUUCGGCCGUUUUUCGACAUUUUUGUUAUAAACGAACGCCGCGUUAUUCGUUAUGAAGUCAAUCUCCCAGUUCUCUUAUGUUUCGUCGAUGUUCUUGGUUAAUCCGGGUCGUUGGAAUUAGUGAGCAGGGCGAAUCAGAAAUUCAGAUGCGUGCCAGGAGCACUCGUGCGAACACAUGUUGUGGAAUUCGUAAGUUGUCAUUAGCAGGACCUUUUUUCCAACAGUGGAGCUGAUUUUUCUCGUCAGGUUGGGCUUUCCGUGGCUCCCGGUCAUUCUCAGCUGCUGCGGUAAACACUCUUUUAGCGGAUACCAAUGUGCCUCUUUCUCGCGAAUACUACCUUCAGAGAUCUUCAUGAAUGUCCAGAACACUGUGACAGCCAUGGAUGUUGACUGUCCGAUAGUUAGUCUUAAACGGUCCAGCAGUGCUCCUAUGAUUAACGAAAUCAGUGCCACUAUGUCUAUUACCUCUCCGUCUACGUCUGCUCCAAGGGAUGCUGUAUCAACAUUUAAUGUUUUCGCCAGCACGCCACGCACAAGACGUUUUAGUACAAGUAGUCCCGGCAGUAUUCCUAGGUUAACUCCUCGCGUUAGUCAGUUAAGACAAGAAGAAUGUGUCGAUGUUGCUGGACGAGAAGCAGCACACGAAAAGGAAAUUCACAGUGCAAUGCAAAUCUCGCAGUCAUGGGAAGAUUUGACUCUUGAAGCAGAGGGCUUGACUUUCAAAGAAUCCGAUUCACCGACACAGCAAUUGAAUAAGUCAGAAAAACAAGUAACGAAAAGGGUAUUUGAUCCUCUCAACUUGAAUUUAUCUGGCGGUGGGCCGCCAUUGUGCUCGUCGCCUUCUCCAACGAGGUCAGGCCUUGGUCAACGUCAGUGUUAUUCUCCAGGCAUUCAUAUGGUAAACUGGAAAAAUACUUUAUCUCCUAGUCCAACGAGAAAAGCUUUUGCUACGAGGCGCAGCUUGAGUCCGAUAGCAAUUCGACCCAGUUGCCUUGGUCCAGUAAAAAGGAAAUUCGAACUGGACGAUAUCACCGACCAACAUUUACAACCUCCAGCCAAAAGAACCUCUUCUUUAGUUAUUUCAAAUUCGCCCAGGUUAGAUGCAAUUGCAAGUCCACUUCCAGGGACCAUAAGUUCUGUAGGAACCCCAGAAUCCCUAUCCAGUGCGGAUUCCCCUAGCUUUUCAUUUCAACCUGUAGAUAGUCCAUCGCCGAGUCGAAUUCUGACAAACGGAGAUGACCCGAUGUCUGACAACAACGAACAGACGAAGACAUCAGACAACUCUCAGAUAAAUCAAAGUGGUCAGUGCAAUUUUAGGUGAAUAAUGUGUUCGGCAAGGUCCCAAGAAACUAGUUGUCAGCAAAGGGAGAAGGAUUCCAAGACUUCUUUGUAAAUCAUUGUGCUAACGUGCCGAUCAACUUCUAUUCGCCAAUUACUACUUGCCAAUCUGUGCCACAUUUAUGGCGAACUAAACGAUAAGUCAUUAUUGAUUUUCUUUUUGCGUGUUUACUUGGAACCUGUAUCAACGUCUUAAGUAGCACUUGGGCGGGAUCUGGUUCGAAAAAGCGAAUAUCUAACCAUAUUAAUCAAUCAAAUGCUGAUAAUUUAAAAACUGGGAAUCCGAAUUAAAUUAAUAAUUCGAAUUUCACCAGAUUAAUCCCGAUACUAAAGCGGAACUCUAAAAACCUGCAUUUUUAGAGAUAGGAAUUGCAAUUUUUAAAACUGGACUGAAUAUUUAAAUAGCCCUCGUAUAUUUUUCGAACGAGUCUGGGUUUCUGGAAUGAGAAAUGGACGGAGAAACUCAGUAGUUUGUUGAAUUACGAGCGUCAUUAAAGUGGUAGAUCGAUAAGAAACGCGAGUGCGAUAUCGAAGCAGGUUUUCUUUUGUAACAAAAGCGCUCCUUGCUGAAUUGGAAAUUAGUAAACCUUGGGAUUUUUGUUUAUUCUUUUUCACCAGCGACGUAUUUACCGGCUAGUUUCCACCCCUCCCCCGAAGUUUCAACUGAUUUGGCGCGAAAUUUCUAAAGGACUUUUUGGCCAUCAUUGAUAUCUUUCUUUUUUCACCGGUAAUAUCACGAAAGAGGGAAAGAUCAAAAUUGAACGUGUCCCGUAAUACGGGUCAAUACCAAAGUACAAGUAGUAUAAUGCCAUAAAAUAUUUCUAACUUUGUUUUCAAUGCCAUUGAUAACGCUGUAUUUAUGAGUUUUUGUAAAUAGAACGCCUUACCUUACUGAAGGUAAUCUCUUGUUGGUAUGUGAUUUUAAAUUGAGUUUGUCAGCGUAAUAAAUGUUAAGAAUAUUGUGUAAUAUUAUGAUGUGGACCAUCUGGAUGACUGUGUUUAUAGUUGCGAGUUCUGAGCUAAUGAUGGGGAGUUUAGAUUUUAAUUUUAUUGCUUCAGGGUAAUCCAGCUCGGUGUAAAUUUAUAUCCCAUAACCGGGCAGUUCUCGCUUAUAACCGAUCGCAGCAUCUGAAAUGUGAUUAUUUUCUUCGGAGGUCAGUCACACUCGUAUUCGAGAAUAUCAAGAAAUAAUUUUCUGGAAUUCUCACUGAAGUCGUGUGAUUAAUUGAUACUGCAUAAAUAUCCGAUUUUUCUCUACUAGAGAGUCGAUUUUUAGGAUUCCUUAGUGAGUGAAAUCAAAGUCUCUAGUUCUAAGUGAUCCCUGGUCAGAAAUUGGCUAGGCAUUUUUUUUUAAGAAAUAAGGUUGGUUUGUACAAAUGUAGGAAAGAAAAGUAAUUUCAAAAUGGACUCUCUUGCAAGUAGAAUAUUAAAAAGUGAUGGAAAAAUAUUGGAAAGAUUAGCUCGAAACGAUUUGUGGUAUAUUUAGUAGGGUGGGUCGAAAAGAAAUCAAAUUGGAAGUCACAAACACCCUAACACUUGAAAAUUGCAUUUUAGGUCCCUGUAACCUGUGUAAAUUUUGAAAUAGAUUGAUCAUUCAACUUCCACAGAGCAGAAAUCUAUUUAAAAAAUUCGUAAUUCUGAGAGUUGCAAAAAUCGAUGAGAAUUUUUUUUGUAAUUUAUGUCCAAAAUUAAAAUUCUUAUAAGAUUUCAAUAUUGUCAGGUUUUCUAGGAAAGAUCUCGUUUUUAUAUAACUCAAAACAAUUUUUUUUUGAUAUUUUAAUAAGCUUUGCAAACUAUCGUAAAAUUUUUUUGAGUAUGUUUAUAUAUUAUUGAUAAAAUUGUAAUUCUCAGAGCAUUGCAAAUUCGUCAAUAUAUUUUUUUCUCUCCAAAUCUACAUAAUAUGUCAAAUUUCCAAUCAGGUUGUAAGAUUUUUGAAAAUGGGGCGUAGUGUUGACGUUAAGACAAAAAAUUAAUAUUAGCGAUUUUUACCAAACUCUGGGGAUUAAACGGGUUUUAAACUUAUUUCAGCCCCGCGGAACUUAAGGAUAUUGAUCGAUCUAUUUCAAAUUAGACACAGAUUAUAAGGGAUCUAAAAUGAAAUUUUUCAGUGCUAGGAUUUUUUUUUAUUACAAUUUUUGUUUUUGACCCAACCUUAUGAUUAGCUUGUAGAAACAAUAUAUUUCCCGGACUUAACUAGUGUGGCGAGUAAUAAAAAUGUAAGCAUCGAUGAAAGUAAUGCAUACGUGGUUUUUUAUGAUUUCUUUAAAUAUCAUUGAUCUUUAUUACAUUCACGAAAUAAAACGUAGGUUUCUUUAAUUAAAUUUCAAUAUUUUUCAAAAAAAAAAGUUGACCUCUCUUCUAAUAAAAAUACAGCCUAUUUGUUGUAAAUCACCUGCACGUUUAUAUCAUCUACACAACUAAUUGCUUUUUUUCAGUUUUAUUCGUCUCGAUUUAUGUUUUUGAUUUGCAAAUAAUCAAUUCUAUAUAUUAUGGAAGAUCAAAACGUGAAAAUGGUAAAAAUUCCUGGUAUUUUCUAAAUUAUCUCGAGUUUUAUCUGAGAUUUGAAAUGUAAAAUAAUCUCCUGUGAUCCUAGCCAAAAGUCCUUCAAAAUUACGUAGUAUGCAUAAAAAAUAACGUUUCUGUAUUAUCUUGUUAACUUUUUAUCAAGUAGCUCGACGAGCAAGUCAAGACUGGUUGAUGAUAACAAAACUUAUUGAUUUAAACUUGACAAAAUUUGUUCUCUCUUGAUGUCAUAGCACGUUUUUAUCUCCGAUAAGAAUGUGCAAAGAUUUUCUUAUAUAAAUUCCGUAGCGCCUAAUUUCUGGGCAUUCCCGAAUUUACGAAAUAACAUUUGAUGCUUCCUACUCCUAAGACUGAAAUCGAUGUUUUAAUACUAAACAUCUCUAAAUUAAAAUUAUCUCUUCCGCAAGAAAAAUGGGACUAAGAUUCGUAGCGCUGAACAUCGCGUUUUUCUCUGAAAGUAGAGUGAAUUAGAAAAUUCUCAGGACUUCUACUUUUCACCAAUUUGAACAAAUUUAAGCGUGAGAAUGUCGAAAUUGAAGAGUCACCAAACUAGAUUGAUGAGAAAUAGAAAGCUUGAGAAUUUGUUUAAUUGCUCUAAAAUGUAAAUUAAUAUUGUAUAUGUACAUGCUAUAGAAAACACAUCUACUUCGUAUUUGAUAGCCUAAUUGUAAGUACAAAGUCGAAUUAGUAGUUUCGAUUCUUGAAGAAGUGAAACUUUAAAUAAUAAUGAAUUAAAGUCUCGUGGUUGAUAAUGUCAUACUAAUGACCAGCGAGUCAGUUUAAAUCCUUGUAUAAAGUAAAGGAAGGGAGUGUACAUUAUUUCUCGCAAUUUGCGACAGUAAGUAAGUUUAGGUUGAGUAUGUGUAUCCGAGUAGUGACAGUGUUUGUAAAUCGUAUAUUAUUAAAUAAAUUGUAAUAGUAAACCACUUAUUAUUCCCGAAGGUAAAAAUGUACGGAAGAGCUGCAUACUGAUAAAAGUAGUAAGUGUUUACCGUAUUUAAUAUUUAAAUAUACGAGCGACAUCUACUGCUUACGUUCUCUCGAUAAUAACCGUUACCAUUCGAUGUAUUGAGACUUUUUACUUCGAAUUGACGAAUUAGAAAUUGCAAUUUGUAUCAGAAUACGUUAAGCCAAAGAUAUGUAUCGAUCCUUUACUAACUGAAGAGUCACCACCGAUAGAAAUGUGCUAAACUAAAUCAAUCGACUUCCUUUUAAAUCUUUUAUACUUGCGUAUCAUUACCAAUACUGGCCUUUCUGGUUUAAUUGUUAACAUCUAAGCCACUGACCUGCCCGCCUGAAUUAUCAAUUAUAAAACUUUUUGCAAUAAAAAGAGACUUGUGACUAAUAUCUGGUAAUCUCUUUUUAACACAAGAUGAAUAUAUUGUAAUUUUCAAC